AUGGCUGCUGUUGCUGCUCUGAGAUCGAAGUCAUCCAAAGCCACAUCUUCUUUAUCAUCAGUCUCACAAUUUAGAUACUUUAUUUCAACUCACCGUAUGCACGGUGGUCGUAUACCCAAUUUCCAAAUCACUUCUUCAAUACCUACAACAAACAAAUUAGACGAAUAUUUCCCUCAUCAUCACCACCAACACCAAUCUUUCAAACCGUUUUCCCUCUCCGGUGAACUUGUUGAUAAGGGUUUCGGUUUUUUCAAGAGUAAUAAUAAAAGGAGACUAGUCAAUUUGUCCGGUGGUAAAGGUAGUGGUGGUUGCGGUGAUCCGCCAGAGGUUUGGCAGCCUCCCGGAGAUGGGAUUGUUCCUCAGCCGGGUUUUAAGAUGGUUCCGGUAUCCAGCGGUGAUGACAGUGAAACAAGCACCGGUGGGUUCGGGUCGGGUUCUGGAGAUGGGAAUUGGGGAGGAUCUUCGUUGGGGCAUAGCUUCCCAACACCUAAAGAGAUCUGUAAAGGGCUUGAUAAGUUUGUGAUUGGUCAAGAACGAGCUAAAAAGGUACUUGCAGUGGCUGUUUACAAUCAUUACAAGAGAAUCUCUAUUGACAGUUCGCGACAUUCAAGAAACGACAAGACGAAUGCCAUGGAUGAUGAUGAUGCAGUUGAGCUUGAGAAAAGUAAUAUCCUUCUAAUGGGGCCAACUGGUUCAGGGAAGACACUUCUUGCAAAAACACUGGCACGCUUAGUGAAUGUUCCUUUUGUUAUAGCAGAUGCUACUACACUCACCCAGGCAUGCUAUGUUGGAGAAGAUGUGGAAUCCAUUUUAUACAAACUCCUGACUGUUGCUGAUUAUAAUGUUGCAGCAGCUCAACAGGGCAUUGUGUAUAUAGAUGAAGUUGACAAGAUUACAAAGAAGGCUGAAAGUGUUAACAUUAGCAGAGAUGUUUCUGGUGAGGGUGUCCAGCAGGCAUUAUUAAAGAUGCUAGAAGGGACUAUAGUCAAUGUCCCUGAAAAGGGUGCACGGAAACAUCCUAGAGGAGACAACAUUCAGAUCUUGAAAAAACCAUUUCAGAAAGACGCCAAGAUUCUUCUAUUGGGUUUUGGUGCACCUGUUCGUGCUAACAUGAGAACUGGAGGUGUUACAUCUGCUUCAGUGACUUCAACUUUAUUGGAGACUGUUGAAAGUAGUGAUCUUAUUGCAUAUGGUCUGAUACCUGAAUUUGUUGGAAGGUUUCCAAUUCUUGUCAACUUAUUAGCUCUUACAGAGCCUCAACUUGUUCAGGUGCUAACUGAGCCAAAGAAUGCAUUGGGGAAACAGUACAAGAAGUUAUUUCAGAUGAAUCAAGUUAACCUACAUUAUACAGAAAGUGCUUUGAGAUUAAUUGCAAGAAAAGCAAUAACUAAGAACACUGGGGCCCGUGGUUUGAGGGCCUUAUUGGAAAACAUAUUGAUGGAUGCCAUGUAUGAGAUUCCUGAUGAAAGAACAGGUAAAGAUAUAAUAGAUGGUGUGGUUGUUGAUGAGGAGGCAGUUGGGAGUGGUGCUAAAAUCCUCCAUGGUCAAGGUGCUCUUGCCCAUUAUCUAUCACAACAUUUACAGACGAGCGUAGAUAGGGCGGCAGAUGGUGGAGCCGAGGCGGAGAUGGAGGCGGAGGCGGAGUUGCCUUCUAUUGCUGCCAUGUAAAUCAUGGGAAAGAUUGUAUCGGUAACCAUGUGUAUGUAUAGAUAAUAUGUACUAAUUUAAGCUCUAAUGAGAAACAUUAAUUUAAUAAUUAAAUUUAUGUUGGAUGCUUUCAUCAUUAUUGCAAUCAAAUGUCAAUAUGUUGUAGUAUCAUUUAUUCUCCUCCCUACAUACGGUACUUGAUGUACACCCUGUCAUAGUAGUUCUGAUAAUUUUAAUUUUAAUAUCUCAUAAAAGCUACAUGUUUA